ACUGCAGCUCAGAAGAACAUGAAUAAUACAUUUUGUAUUCUUGACAGCUUUGAUUUCACCCGCAGAUUCCUGCCUCCUGUUUUAAUCUUGGUCUUCAUCGUCGGCCUGGUUGCUAACGCAUGGGGGUUGAAGUCUUUGUGGCAGAACUGGAAGAAACUGGGAAGCGUCAACGUGUUUGUUCUCAACCUGGGACUUGCAGAUAUUUUGUAUCUGCUCACGCUGCCUUUUCUGGUGGAUUACUACUUCAGGGACAGUGAUUGGAUCUUCGGAGCUACGUUCUGCAAGAUAACGAGAUUCUGCUUCAACCUGAACCUCUACGGCAGCAUCGGAUUCCUUACGUGCAUCAGCGUGUACAGGUACCUGGCUAUUGUUCACCCCAUGAAAGUGUUAGGAAGAAUCACUGUCACUCAUUCUGUGAGCAUCUCAGUCCUCGUGUGGCUGCUGGUGGCUGCCCAGAGUCUUCCAGACAUGUUCUACAUCAAGACGUCUGGAAACCAAACUGAGAAAUGCUACGAGACCACACAUCGUGCAUCUGUGGAGGAUUACCUGAACUACAGCCUGGGGAGGACCCUGACUGGGUUUUGUAUCCCACUCCUCAUCACGCUGGGCUGCUACGGACAUAUGAUUAUCACACUUUGCUCCAAAAACAACGUCGACAAGGAUCUGAAGCAAAGGAGCCUGAGGUUGAUGUUCAUUUUGAUCCUUCUCUUCUCUGUGUGUUACAUCCCCUAUCACCUGUUCAAGAACCUAAAUCUCUGGUCAAGAGUUCUGAACAAACACGGGAAAUGUCAAUGGUGGUCCAACGGAGUUUACGUCGCCCAUCAGAUCGGUCGUGGGCUGGUGUGUCUGAACAGCGCCCUCAACCCUCUGGUUUACCUCAACGCACGUAAAGACUCCGGCUCAGCUUUGACAUCUGCUCGUCAACUCAUCAUGCGCCCGUUCAUCACCACGGUUUCUACGGUGUGAAUGAAGAUCAACAAGUGCAUCAUCUGUAUUUUACUGGACUGAGCUACCCACUGUAACAUAUUCCCUUU